AUGAAUCAGGCCCAACCAUACAUGGACGUGCAUUCGUCGCACUUUUCCUCGCCGCAGACCUACGGGUCGCAUGGUGCCACUGCAGGAAACCUCGUCCAGUACUCGCAUUACCAGCAGCCACCCCCCGUUUUGCCGCCUGGUACGACCGGAUAUCCUUCGACGCCAAGCACCUAUUCGUACCCGUACUCCAAUGGCAUCGCUCCGACCACCCAGUCGACCUCGAGCUCCAUCAGCAGCCAGGUGCCUACUCAGAUCCUGCCGUUACCAGCUAUGACCACUCACUCGGUAACGCCUCAUGGCUAUCCCGCCGGCUCAAGCGCGUCUUCCCCACAGUCUGCAGUCCAUGAUACCAGCGGCCAAACCUGUCCUCCAGGCGCAAAGCCACGAGUGACGGCAACCUUGUGGGAAGACGAAGGCAGCCUGUGCUAUCAGGUCGAGGCCAAAGGUGUCUGCGUCGCCAGACGAGAGGACAACCACAUGAUUAACGGCACAAAACUACUCAAUGUUGCCGGUAUGACAAGAGGUCGCCGAGAUGGUAUUUUGAAGAGCGAAAAGGUCCGCCACGUUGUGAAGAUUGGUCCUAUGCACUUGAAGGGUGUCUGGAUUCCGUAUGACCGUGCUCUUGAUUUCGCCAACAAGGAGAAAAUCACCGACCUACUGUACCCACUCUUUGUGCACAACAUCGGUGGUCUUCUCUAUCACCCCACGAAUACGCCUCGCACCAACAUGGUGGUCCAUGACUCGCAACAACGCCGGAUGGAAGGUGGCCAGAGUGCGAGGAACUCGCAGGGCCCUCAGGCGCCCCCUCUACACCACCACCACUCCAUGGGCACUCCUGUGCCUUCUCAUCUGUCGCAGCCUCCGCCUCCUUCGGGUCCUCCGCAGUCCAAUGGCCGCUCUGGACUUGAUCGGGCUCAUACAUUUCCCACUCCACCCGCCAGUGCAUCGAGUCUGAUUGGCAUCCCGAACCAGGGAAGCAGCUACGAAUGGGGAGCUCAGAAUAUGAAUUCCAACGUUCAGCCUUCUCAGCCGCUGUCUAUUGAUACUGGAUUGAGCAACAAUCGCUCGAUGCCCAGCACUCCUGCAACCACACCGCCAGGAAACAACAUGCAAGGCAUGCCGCCAUACCAGAAUGGUCCCAGCUACGACAACAAAUCGUACUAUUCGUCAGCUCCACCGGCCCAGACUCAAUAUGCCACUCAGCCGCUGGCCCAGCCCAGCCUGAAUUAUGGCCAACCAUACGUGAAGAAUGACAUGGCCCCGCCGUCUGCGCGGCCUUCAAUUGUUCAGUCCGAGCCUGAAACCGAUGCUAAAGUCGACCGCUAUGGUCAACCCAAUGGCCAAGUUGCCAAUGGAACACCAAGUGAAGGAGAGCCAGUGCAGGAACAUGAGCCUGAGUAUAUUCACGACACUGGAGCCGGAUCUUAUUCCGCUCGCAACUCGUACACAUACACCACCAACCCUUCGGUGGGAUCACUAGUUGGGGACCACUCGCAGCUCUCAGAAUCUCCGCAUCAAAACGGAACGGAUCGCAUGACUCCUCGCACUGCGAGCGCUGCUUCUCAGCAGUGGCCCCAGGGCUACAACAACACUCCUCCCCGAGCUGUGGCAGCCGGCAGUCUGUCCAACAUUGUCAGCGACACGAGGAACACUCCCAACGGGGAUGCAUAUAACGCCAACGCCCCCUACCCGUCGAAUUAUUCCGGGUAUUCGUCGAUGAACGGAUCUAUGGGAUCUACAAAACGCAUGCGUGAUGACGAGGACGACCGUGUCGGUCGACCUGAUGGGCGCGAGGCUGAAUACGACAGCAAACGCCGCAAGACCAUCACGGAGCCUCCGCUGGGUGGCCCCGUGGGAGGGUCGUUUAUGCAACUUCAACAGCCGGUGACAGCCGGAGGCGUGGUGCGACGCCGAUGA